ACGUAUGAUUAUAACCAUAAGGCUGUGCCACCGGUUGCUGACGCCGCUGCGGAAACGGCAAAAAAACCGGGCACACCACCACCUCCGGGCUUGGAUCAAGCUAAUCCAACCCCCGCUACCCCAGACAAUGCUUCCAGCUACCCUCCAGCUGUCCCUGCUGCCACGCCAUACGUGUAUCCCCUUUACACACCUGCAUACGGUGGUCUGUCUGCAGUGGACGCUGCUUCCCGCUGGAAUGCCUUGAAUUGCAGUUAUCUCAGCAACCAGCCCACAGCUACCGAUAGUACCCAAACGGCAUAUCCAACUACUCCUGUUCCGGGUGUGCAGUCCAACUCCUUUGCACCCAUGACCGGUCCUCGGUUCCCUCUGAAAGACUCAGGGCAGACAAGUGGGGCCGCAAACUACACCGUCUAUGGAGGUCCAAAAGCACAAUCAGCUCCUAGCACUGCCACUGGCCCGUCAAGUUUGUCAGAGUCUGCAGGUGGUGAAAGUCGCUGGAGUCCAGAAUUAAAGGAGUAUGUUCGAAGAGCUUUCUGUAGUACAGAUACUGAUGUGGAAAAGAACCAGAUGGAACGUAUACUUCGCGAAAAAUUGGAAUACGUAUUUCGAAACAAAAUCCAAAUAGACUGGACAAAAGAACCAAUACCAACAGUCCCUAUUCACCAGAGUCAGCCUGAGGUGGAACUUGACUUGCAACAUAUUUUAUCUUCGCUAGUGUUGUACGUCCGGUGUCCUUGCAACCCCGACGACCCACUCGAGGGAGACUGGGUGGCCCCCUACCCACCGGCACUCUUAGACAGCCCGCUUCACAAAAAAAGUUUACUCUACCUUUGUACGGAGGUGCGACCUUCAAAAAUCUUCCUGCCUCAAAGUCGCGCUCCCCUAGUCCUGUUUGGCGUACAAAACCGUCUGCUAAAGCGUCGCCAAACGCCACUAACAAUGGCUACCGAAAAAGAAGAAUCAGUGAAGCCAGGAGUAGUUUCUCGUCUUCUUCUAGCUCCAGUCCAAAAAGCCGGGCGUCAAGUUCUUCGUGGAAGAAUGCUGAUGGUAAACGCCAUAGGCGUUCUCCGUCUCCAAAACGGCGUAACACUAAACCCUGGCGUGGUCGCCGCUCUCGUGCCGACACUCCGCUUGGCACGUGCAGUCAGCGUCGCCGGAAUCGAUGAAUUAUCGGUACGUGGGAUCACACCCGACUUCAAUGAGGCGUGGAACAUGUCGGCCUAG